UGGUUGCUUGUUGAAAGGAAAUUUUCCUGGAAUGCUCCGCGCUCGUUGGCAAGCUGGGGAUAUCCUGGUAAAAACAAUUACCAAUUAUGUAAUUGUGGGCUGCCAGAACUCUGUCGAUGAUCGAUCACGUACUAAUCAGAAACGUGAACCAAAGGUCUGGCCCGUGUGGUGCCAAACAGGCAAUGAACAAAGGACUUCCACAGCACCAACGUAUGGCGUUGCACUGGAAACGCCGCCAUACCAACUGCACUACAGCUAGCAAGCAACCGAUUGUUCACACGGGGUUUCUAGCAUGAAUAGAGGGAUGCCGGGCAUGGGCACCUCCCCGUAUCCUCCCCGGAGCCGUUUUUGUUCUUCUCUUACAGUAAGAAAGUACGAAUGCUGCUAACAGCAGCGGCAGCACAUUGUUGUUGACAGGCAUAUCAUACGUACGCGUCAUUCACAUAUACCCUCCCCCACUCGCAGCCCCUACUCGUCGCAAGCGCCAGAGGAGUGUUUGUGAUCAUGGUCAACUCUCGCCAGCUUCUUUCGCUCGCACUAGCGCUGUGCUCGUGCCAUGCCUCUUCGGCGUUUGCUGGAGUCGUGACCACGCGCGGAGGAGGGGUGCCUAGCCCAGCAGCCACGCCGCCAAGGGCUAUCGAUGGCGUGGAGCAGCAGCUUGGUGUCGUAAGACGAGCUCGCGGCGGGGUCCUCCUGCGCAGACGCGGGGUAGCGGUGCCCGCCCCCGACAAUGGCGGCCUCGUGGUGGAAUCGGGCAACAAGAACGGCGGCGAUGGUCUCCUCGCCUCCUACCUCCGCGCCCUAGACACCAAACCCAUCAUCACCAAGGUCGUCACGUCCGGGGUGAUCUGUGGCAUCGGUGACAUCAUGGCGCAAGCGCUGGCGUUCAAGACGGCGGCGACGGAGUCGUUUACGUUGGGCUCUUUUCUGGCCGCCCUUGAGUUCAAGCGGUUAGCCAUCUAUGGUGUGCUUGGCGCUCUGUGGAUCGCCCCCGUAGUGCACUACUGGUUCGAUGCCCUCGAGGCUGCGACUAAGGACAAGAAAGCCGUGGCCGGCGCCCCUGCCCCCAGCUUCGCCAUGAGGAUGUUCAAGGCUCUCAAGAUGGUGACCCUGGACCAGACCAUCGGCGCGCCGCUCAUUAACGCGGGUUUCAUGUUCCUGUUCACGUUCGCGACGGCGCUGACGUCGGGCGCCGGCGGCAUCGAGUCCGGGAAGAAGGCCGGCACCAUGGUCAAGAACGGCAUCUGGAGCACCAUGCUCGUGUGCUGGAAGCUUUGGCCGAUCGCGAACAUGAUCAACUUCGCGUUCGUGCCGGCCAAGUUGCGAGUGCUCUUCUUGAACUUCGUGGGGUUGGGGUGGAACAUUUACUUGUCCGCCGCCGUCAACUAAGAGAACAUUUUUUUUUUUUAAAUCAUUUUUUGGCUUCUGGGAAGAGGCAAGGCGGCGAUGCUAGACAAGAAUAGCGGCGGAAAGGAAGCAGUGUCGUUUAGUUUUACCACCCGUUCGUAUUAUACUGGCCAUGAUGUGUUGUAGUUUGUGAUCUGCCUCUCUGUGGACACCGUGUAAGCAUCAUUCACCCUGUGGGCUUCGUGUGUGUGAUGCUGGAGAGAUUCUGCACUGCGAAAAGUCCUCGUCCUGCUGGUCCUUGGUCACCACCGCUUGUUUCUGCCGUCGAAGGCGAAUAGUUUUGGAUAUUCCCUGGCCAGGUGCCUUCUCUCGUACCUACCUCUCUUUUUUGGUGCAUUCGAGAACUGCCGUGAAAAAUACCGAAAUAUUAUUGUUGCUCCGUUUCGCUUUUUGGAACGAUCUGUGUACAAUUCGCUUUCUGGUUGUACGCAAUUUUUGAGAAAGCAAGAAGACUCUACGCUUUUUCCCAUUCGUUUUUGGUAGAGGUCGGUUUCCCAUCUGGUCAAUCAAAAUCCUGGAGAUGCAUGCGCGUCGCUGGGCUUGACAUCGGGAUGUUUUUCAUUUUUUGCUGGCUGUGGCAUACUCAAGGGUUUUGGCUCGCUAGAUCGGGAAAGACUCGGCGUUUGGCGUUCGUUGUGCAUGCUGGUUGGUUCGAUAGGCGGUGAGACGAGACUCUGUAUGUAGUCAAUUUUUUUAUCGUUUCGUCUGCUUUUUCUUUUCACUCUAUUGUAGUAACGAGUGUUUUCGUGUUCG